AUGCCCUGCUCGCUGCUGGUGGCGCUACCGGAGACGGCCCAGCAGCUGUCGCCGCCGGCGCAGCAGCAGCAGCAGCAACAUCAACAACAACAAAUCUCAGCUGUCGUUAUGGCCGGUGUUGGCGGCGGCGCUGGCAGCUUGCCGCCACAUCCAGGCAGUGUUGCACCGCAGGCUGCCGCACUCUUCCGCAACGCAGCCCAGCAGCUGUCGCCGCCGGCGCAGCAGCAGCAGCAGCAACAUCAACAACAACAAAUCUCAGCUGUCGUUAUGGCCGGUGUUGGCGGCGGCGCUGGCAGCUUGCCGCCACAUCCAGGCAGUGUUGCACCGCAGGCUGCCGCACUCUUCCGCAACGCAGCCGGGAGUCUUGCGGCUGUGGCAGGGCCAGGGGCUCCUCCAGGGCCCAUGUCAGCGCCGCCGUCGUCCAAUCGCCACAAGCGGUCUGCUUCGAUUGACGUGUCCUCCCUGAUUGCGACGCGGGACGGCAUAGGGCCCGCGAAGGACUACCUGGCGCCAGCGGCCUCACAGUCGCCGGCGGCUGCCAGCCAUGCGCCUCAGGGCCACCUGUCGCCGGAACGUCGGUCGCCCCUGGCGCGAGAUGGCGGCACUGGCACCGGCACUGGCACUGGCAAUUUCAUGAUGGACAUAAGACCGCACCGCCGGCCCACAGUACUCGAACGAGCCGUCUCUAAGUUCCAUUCCGUCUCCGACCAAAGACGGCCUGGUCCGCCCCACCUCCGAGACCUCCUACCCUUCGUCUACCAGUGGAAGCAAACGGCAGCCUGGCCGCUGCUGCCGCCUCCGCUGGUGUUGGCGGGGGCGGGGGCAAGGGUGGGGCCCGGGGCGGGGGGGGGGGCCGGGGCCCCGAUCUGGCGGCGGCGAAACGCGUUUGUGGAGUGGGCGAACACGAUGCAUCACGAAAUGGUGGUUGAAGAGCAGCCGCCUGGCGGAAGCAGCACGAGUGGUGGUGGUGGUGGCGGUGGCAGUGGCAACGGUAGCGGCAGUGGUGUCCCUGGCGGAGGUAUGCCUGGACAUGGCAACACGGUGGCAGGCGGGGCAGGCGGCACAGAGCAGCACGCGUCAUCAUCAUCGGGCUACAAUGUUCCCUUGGCGCUUGCGGCGGACACGCUGCCACCGGAGGGUGUGCAGUUCCAGUAUGCGCCGGCCGAGGGAGGGAAGGGUGACAGGCCUUCAUUCUCGCCUUCCUAUUUCAUUAGGUUCAUUAGGAACGGAUACCAUAAGGUGGCAACUAAUGCACGAAUUGUUCUGGAUGCUGUGUGCCAGGUGGUGUUUGGUGGCACUGCGUCGGCAAAGUACCUGGCAGGACAAGAGUGGGCGAACACGAUGCAUCACGAAAUGGUGGUUGAAGAGCAGCCGCCUGGCGGAAGCAGCGCGAGUGGUGGCGGUGGCGGUGGCAGUGGCAGUGGCAACGGUAGCGGCAGUGGUGUCCCUGGCGGAGGUAUGCCUGGACAUGGCAACACGAUGGCAGGCGGGGCAGGCGGCACAGAGCAGCACGCGUCAUCAUCAUCGGGCUACAAUGUUCCCUUGGCGCUUGCGGCGGACACGCUGCCACCGGAGGGUGUGCAGUUCCAGUAUGCGCCGGGCGUCUACAUCACGUUGAAGCCACCGGCACAAAAAGGCGGCCCGGUUCGGCUGGUCAAGGUUCGCUUCAAUCGCAAGAUGUUCACGGAGCAGUCUCAAGGCCAGGCCUGGUGGAACAUGCACAGGGCGACAUUGGCGGAGAUGUACGAGCUGACCUUCAACAUGGGGAACAAGUGCUUCUGGCCGAGACACGAUAAUCAGCCAACAUUGCACACAGAACAGGGGGCAGCAAACGGAUAA